AUGUCAUAUUACAUGGCAUGGACCGUACUGUUGGGUACAGUCCCACUGAUUGUGGUAUAUCUGUGGAAAAGGGUCACGUACUACCGAAGGAAGCAAUAUGCGCACUUACCCCAACUUCCACCGUCAUUAGUAUGGGGUCAUUUGGCUACUAUCGGUAAAAUCAAAAGCAACCACAGACUGAAUGACCAUCGCGGGUCUAAUUGGCAGCUAGAUGAACUCUUCAAGGACAUGCACGACCAACUUGGAAACCCUCCUCUAUUUAUUGCUGAUUUCCGACCCAUCACUCAUGUUAUGUGUAUUAUUUGCAAUCAUGAAGUUGCAGAGCAGAUUUCAAAAAGUUCAAAGCUUUUCCAGUACAGUACUCCAAAGUCACCAACAAUCCGGUGGUUCCAAGAUCUGUUCGGCGCGAACUCGAUCCUCGUUGCAGAAAACGAAGAAUGGAAAGGUCUACGCAAACAAUUCAAUCCAGGGUUCUCGCACAAGCAUCUCAUGAGUUUGAUGCCUUGCAUUCUUGACAAGACGCAGCUUUUCCUAGAACGUCUGGACCGCUUCUGUACUACCGGAGAAGAAUUUUCAUUUGACGAUCUAUGUACAAAUCUAACGUUCGACAUCAUUGGCGCGGUCACCAUGGAUACUAACAUGGGUGCCCAACUCGGAGAAGAGAAGCAGGGCGAGCUAGUCCGAGUCUACCGUGAGCUAGGCUAUAGCUAUCGUCCCAAUAACGGCAGAUGGAAAAUAUUGCUUUCCUUCCAAAGACGCGCUUUGGGGCGUCGACUUGAUCGCCUCAUCAAAGCAAUCAUUACAGAGAAGUUCGAGGAAGGGUUUAAUCCCGAAAAGUCAUCUCGCAGCGUGCUCGCUCUCGGUCUGGCAGAGCACCCCAAAUUGACAUCAGAGAUUCUGAGCCAGACUUGUGAUCAGCUGAAGACUUUCUUGUUUGCGGGUCAUGAUACAACCAGUAUUGUGCUCCAAUGGUCAUUUUAUCAACUGAGUCGCACUCCCAGAGUCUUACGCCUAGUUUGCCUCGAAUUGGAUGAAGUAUUCGGAACUGAUAGCUCGCCGUCCGUUGUCCGAGCCAAGAUUCUGGAACGUGGAGAGGAGCUUCUCCAGAAACUGACCUAUACCUCUGCCGUGAUAAAGGAGAUCCUUCGUUUGUUCCCACCAGCCGCCACAGCGCGUUCUUCGCCUGCAAACACCGGAAUGGUCGUUCAGUUACCAAAUGGUGAAGAGCUUAAUCUGGAUGGGACCAUUCUGUAUGUCUGCCAUAAUAUCAUACAACGUGACAAGACCGUGUAUGGUGACGACAGCAACGAAUUCGUCCCCGAGCGCUGGCUAGGAGCAAAUAACGCCCCCAUCCCGCCGAGUGCCUGGCGGCCUUUCGAGCGAGGACCGCGUAAUUGCAUUGGACAGGAACUUGCGAAUAUUGAGGCGCUGGUCAUUCUUGCAUGUGCGGUUCGCCGGUAUGACUGGGAGAAGGUAGGACUUGGGGCCUUCAAAUGUGAUGAUUCGGGUGCACCGAUCAUGAAAGCCAAUGGACAGUAUGAUGUCCAUUCAGAGCUGUAUAGUACAUUGGAGAUCACCGCAAAGCCCGUUGAUGGUUCGAAGAUGCGCGUGAAGUUUGCCACGGCAGCAUGA